UAGUUCCUGUCAGGCAGUGAGUGUUGUUGGUAAGCGAAUGAAAGAUGCUCUUGAAGUAAUAUUUAGAUCAUUCAAACAAGCACAGCUGUAAGUGCGUAGGUUUAUUUGACAUACUUUAAGAGGAAUAAGCAUCUCAACUCGCCGGAAACUUGUUUAAAGCCGUAACACGUGAGUGGUUAAGCUAGCUAGCUACGUGGCUACUUCACGUGUGUGUUGCUAACGGUAGCUAACCGGCAUCGCUGUCAUUCAAACUCGUUGUGGUUUCGGUGUCUGUGCAUUAGUGUGUAUCAGCGGAUCUUUAAGAGGCGAGUGCAGCUCGUAUGGCUGGCAGUAGGAUGAAGCUGGAGCUGUGCCGUGUGGUUCAGGGAAGCAGUCGGCUGGGUGUCCUGAAGGGGCUCGGCAGGACGGGACAGCACUCUUUGGAAGUCCCGGGGUGUCUGCUGCACACACAUUUAGGCACAGUGCCCCACCUCACCCAGGACACACUGCACACCCUGAGCAACCUCCCCUCUGUCACCCAGGUCACCCUCUCCAAUCUAGCAGAGCACCAGGAAGUGUUGGAGGAGUUUAAGGAUGGAUUCAGGAAGUUUGCAGGUCUUCACGAUACUGUGUUGUACUGCUCGCUUCACGACCCUGCGACCCCCUGCCCCACAGGUUACACUACUAACAAGACGGUGUCAGUUUGGGGCAGCGGGGGACGGAUAGAGCUGACCGUGGCCAAGUUCAUGGCUCUCCAGAAGACCGUGCAGCCAGACUGGUACCAGAGCAUGGCAGACGGAGAGACGUGGCAGAACAACACCUCUCGCAAAAGGGUUCGAAAGUCGGUGGAUCGAACUCUUGCCCACUUGGAUGAGUGUCUGCUGGUUCACCAAAAAUCACAGGAGUUGGAGGGAGUGGAGGUAUUUGGGGUGGUGGAGGGAGGAGACAUCCUGGACGAGAGGGUGCGCUCAGCCAGGGAGACAGCCAAGAGGCCUGUGGCAGGAUUCUGCCUGGACGGACUUCAGACGGGCUCCAUGGACCAGACCCUGAGGACGCAGCUCAUCACUGCUGUGACCAAGGAGCUGCCAGAGGACAAACCCAGACUGCUGCAGGGUGUAGGGCGACCUGAUGAGGUGCUGGCGUGCGUGGAGGCCGGCGUGGACCUGUUUGAGAGUUUCUUCCCGUUCCAGGUGACGGAGCGAGGCUGUGCUCUUUGCUUCAGCUUCGACAUCUCCCCGGACCCAGAGCUGGCAGGUAGAGCGCCCCCUGCAGUGCUGGAGCUGGAUGAAGAGCGGGGCACGGCGGGGGAGAUGCAGCAGAAUGGAGAAGUUAAUCUUGAUGAUCAAAUGCAAAUGACAUCCUUUGAGAUCAAUCUCAAAGACAAGAGGUACCAGGAUGACUUCAGGCCCCUGGUGGAGGGGUGUGGCUGCUACUGCUGUAAGAACCACCAGAGGGCGUACCUGCACCACCUGCUGGUGACCAAUGAGCUGCUGGCCGGAGUACUCCUCAUGAUCCACAACACAGCCCACUAUCAUGCCUUCUUUGGCGCCCUGAGAGAAGCUCUGGCCAGUGAUAAACUGGACCUCCUUAAGAGACGAGUGCUUGGGGAGAGAGUCGGGCAGACUGAAAGAAAGGACGGAGACAGAUAAAUCAGAAUGAUAGGAAAGGGACUGAUUCAGCCUUUCCUCUGAAGGAUCACUGGACUGACUUAGCCAGACACAAUCAAGGCGCCAUCUUACUCUCUGAAUCCCUGUGUGCCUCCUGUUGUGGUCUGAUUACAGGCCAGCACAUGACUAAUAUCCUCUGCGCUCAUUGACAUAGCAGCGUAGACCAGAGGGAGAACUAACUUGGUGACCAGUUAUUAAGGGGGGGGGGGCGGACCAAAAUAGAUCCUGCUUUUACGUGAAACGUCAUGUGUAUAAUAAGAUUUCCUUGAGGCUUUUUUUCAUUUCAUACUUAAUGGAUUUGUCGUCAUCAUUUGUCAUUUGUUCAUGAAUCUUUUCAAUGUUUCAGCUGGAUGAGCUUCUCACACAUGUACAUUGACUUUGAUGAGACUGUGUGUCACAUUAAACACGCCACUCUCACCAUGC